AACUACGUUGUAGCCGUGCAGUCGCCGACCCAGGGCAAUGGACCGCUGUAUAUCAACGCCGAAAAGCGGGGAACCGUCGAGAGAUUCAUCAACCACAGUUGUGGCCCAAACACCGAGUUCGUGGAGCCCAUCUACGAUCGCAACGUGCAAGUCGUAGUCAACACUACCAUCUCUUGCGGGCGAAGCAAGCACCAUAGACUACGGUAA